AUGUGUGGUAAACUCAAAAUUUCUCAUCUCAUUUUUGCAGAUGACUUGUUGCUCUUUGCCAAAGGUGAUCUUUACUCCAUACAAAAGCUAUAUCAAUGUGUUAAGGACUUUAGUGACACAACUGGUCUUGAAGCUAAUUUGGAUAAAUGCUCAAUUUACUUUGGUGGGGUUGAUGAUGCUAUUAAAACAGAGAUCAAAGAUUUCCUGGGGUUCUCAGAAGGGGCCAUUCCAUUCAGAUAUCUAGGGGUACCUCUCAUUUGCAAGAGGCUCACUCAUGUGGACUGUAACCCUUUGCUGGAUAGUAUUUCAAAUCAAUUUCAGAAGUGGUCAAGACAUAGCAAUUUGUCAUAUGCAGGGAAGAUUCAGGUUAUCAAAAGUGUGAUUUUGGGUAUUCAAAAUUUCUGGACAUCAAAUUUUAUACUGCCAGUAAAAGUAGUGAAGAAGAUUGAUGAAGUCUGCAGGCAAUUCCUGUGGGAAAAAUCUGAAAACUCUUCAAAAACUCCUUUGGUCUCAUGGGAUAAGGUAUGCUGUGGGAGAAGUCAAGGUGGUCUAGGGGUUUAUUCUGCAGCUAUUUGGAAUCUAGCUACUGCUAUGAGGAGUAUGUGGUACAUUCAUGUCAAUAAGGAAAUUUUAUGGGUGAAAUGGAUCCAUGGAAAUUAUUUAAAACAAAAUGAUGUAUGGAAUGUUAAAACAAAAAGAGGAGACUCUUGGAUGUGGAAGCAGCUACUUAAAUGUAGGGACAAGGCCUUACAUGAAGUGGGAGGCAUAGACAACCUGAAGAAACUACUUAAUGAUUGCUACAAAAAUUUAAAAAUCAAGCUGUCAGCAGUAUACACUGCAUUCUCCCCUGCCAUCAAAGUUCCCUGGUUUAGUACAGUGUGGGGGAAUUUGAACUACCCUAGGCACUCGUUUGUAUUGUGGCUUGCGGUGCUGAACAGGGAUGUGUGGCUAGGAAUCAUUAACUGGCUUAGAACUGAUUGGCAAACAUGUUAUUGGAACUUACUAAUGAAUUGGUAUAUCACAAGACAGAGAGGAAAAGGAUUCAAGACAAGAGUUAAGAGAUUGGUGCUUGCGGCUGCUGUGUACAGAAUUUGGGAGGAAAGGAACAGAAGGUGUUUUCAGCAGAAGUGUAGAAAUCCUGAUCAGUUGGUAAUGAUCAUCAAAACUGAUAUCUUCACCAUAUGUCUGAACAGCAACAUCACGGCUGAACAGGAAGAGUGGUUAGUAUCUUUGUAA